CUAAACUAUUCUUUUUGAAUCCAAAAUGGCUACUACAUCAACAAACUAAUGUCGGCAAACUCCAAAUGGAAAAUGUUAUGAUUUUAUGGUGUUAAAUGCGAAACGAUGCUGUGUGUUAAUAGUUGGAGAUAAAAACUAGUGAUUCGUAGUAUUUUCGUGCUGUGAAACGUAGAUCUGUAGUGGGAAUUAAAGGCGCCAUGUUCGCAUGCCAAGCCCAUUAUUUUGGUAUUUUUUUAAUUGUUUGUGUUUUUUCAAAAAAUUAUGUCAAAUGUAACGCCGUUGAUCCGGACGAUGACGAAAGGGCUGUAACCAUAGAAGUAUUAAAUUAUAACCCAAACCAGUUGCCUUUUGGGGGAAACGUGACGAUAAUCUGCAAGUCCGUAUGGAUCGACAGUUUUAUAUUGUGGACGUUUAGCGAGAAAAACAUCACCGAUGGGGAGAACGGGUUUAAGCUGGAAAUGGAGAGCGAGAAUAUCAAUACGAAGUCGGGGAAAAAAUCGGAAGUCUCGAUUUUGCACAUCGUGAACCUAGACUUGCGACAUGUGGGGGAGUACACUUGUCACAGCACACACAAAUACGAGCCCGCCUUAGAUUUCUGUAAAAUAACAUUGAACGUCACCCUGCCUGCGCAAAUAGUACAAAUAUCGCCUCCAAUCCACACGAAGCUGCACCAAGACAUUGAGCUAUUUUGCGUCAUUGACGGAUAUCCUCUUGAGGAAAUAAAAUGGUUUAGAGAUAGUGACUUGUUACCGGCUGAACUCUGGUCAACGAAAAUCCUGAACGAUACCAGGAAAAACACGACGCUCACGGUCAAAGAAGUGACGAAAAAAGACAACGCGACUUACACCUGCGUGGCCGCCUCGGGGCCCACGUCAGCCAACGCAACUUCCGCAAUUCUAGUCCUAGACAAGCCUCAAGUCAGUAUCGACUUCGUCAAAGCCAUCGGAAUCAACAAAAUCUACUUCAACUGGACCGUCAACGACGGCAACGACCCCCAAAACCUGCGCUACACCAUCCAGUACAUGUCGUCCGGCGACUCCAACUGGAUCUACCUCCAGGAGCAAAUCGACGGGAAGAAGCGCUCGCACGUUCUGAACGGCAACUUCAAAAACAACACCGAGUACAAGCUGCGGAUCAUGGCGAAGAACUCCGAAGGCGAGAGCCAGUACUCCAUCAGCGACCCGGUGCGCAUGCUGUCUGAAGACCCGGUCUUUAUCCCGGAAGUUAAAGUGACUGGGGUGACCGUCAGCUCGAUCACGAUCAGUUGGUCCACGCCGACGGAGGAUUUGAAGGACCACGUUCAGUAUUACACGCUUUAUUUGAAAACGGACAACUCGUCUUUUAACGCAAUACACCCGGCCUCCAAGGAGAAUUAUCACAUGUUUUCGGAGCUGGAUCCGGCCACAACGUACAAUUUCCAAGUGGCGGCGUGCAGCGAAUACAGCGGUAUUUGUGGGCCCCCUUCGGACGCUGUUAAUGGGACCACCAUGGACGGGAUUUCCGGGCCCCCGUCGAAGCCCACGAUUCAAUGCCGGUUUGACAACAUCAGCCAAGUGUCCUUCGUGCAUGUGACCUGGCAGGCGCCAGUCAAACCGCACGGGAUGAUAAUCUCAUAUAACGUUCAUCUGGAGGGCAGCGCGUCGUUUAUAAACGACCAGGGCCUUCUCGAGCACACCACCUGGGGGCCGAAGCUGAAAAGCGUCCGCGAGAACACCUUCAACACCCGUUUUAACAACGUUUCGGCCAACACGAACUACACCGUCAAAAUCAGUGGCGUAACACGCACGAAAAAGAACGGCGAAGCUGUCGAAUUACACUGUACCAUGCCGUCUAUGUUACCCGACAAACAAAAACUGUCGCAGUUGUAUUGGCUCAAAAUGGAAGAGCAGGGAAAAUGGCUCUUCAAACUCCUUCUACCUCGCGUUUCGGAACGUAACGGUCCGAUUUGUUGCUAUCGCAUUUAUUUGGUACGAAUGGAAGACCAACAGAAGUUAGCUGAAUUACCGACACCGGAAGACUUGUCUAUUGUGUCGUACCAAGAGGCUCACCGGACGCCACGUGGGGGCGCCUACGUCGCAGAGAUGUUCACUAGUGAUACGUUUCAAGGGGAGGUGUUCCUGGGGGAUGACCAGGUUUUUAAUUUGACGAGUAAUCAAUGCGAUGAGUGUAUUGGUUUGCGUCCCUAUAACACUCCCAGAGAGGUUAAGAAGGAUGAUACAAAUAGUACUGUAAAUAGGGUCAGGAGGGACGAACGUCUAAGUGACCCUUUACCACCCUUUGAUGGCACACUUGAUAUUAGUAGUAAUUACACUGGGUUUGUGGAAAUCAUCGUUUAUGGCAAUAGCAGUAAAUCGUCGACGAUUGCAGCUUAUAGUAAUUAUUUGGUGAUGAUGAACCCUGGGCCUGAAGUCGUAGCAGCGCCUUCUACAGGCACUUUGAGUCUCGUAGUUCAGAUUCUGUGCGGUUUGGUGAUGAUAGUGCUCCUCUUAUUGGGGGCUUUGUGCAUUUUGCAUCACUACACGAAGCAGGCGCAUGCCCAAGCCGUGGAGAUCACAUUCAGGACCUCCCUCAGGCAUUUGUACAGGAGCCUGCGGGGUCGUCAACGCUUAGUAUCUCUAAAUCCUCCCGAUAUGUGCCCCAUUAGCAAAGGGGAGCUCGUCGCAGCGUAUAUAGAGCGACACAGAGACUCGGAUUAUGGCUUCCAACAAGAAUUCGAAUUGCUACCAGAUCGAUUUUCCGACCGGACGACGCGAGCGUCCGAUGCUAGAGAAAACGUUUACAAGAAUCGGUAUCCCGAUAUCAAGGCUUACGACCAGACUAGAGUCAAACUAUCGCAAAUUGAUAGCAUAGCAGGGUCCGAUUACGUAAACGCAAACUUUGUGAUGGGGUACAAGGAGCGGAAAAAAUUUAUUUGCGCACAAGGACCCAUGGACACCACCGUCAACGACUUCUGGCGGAUGAUUUGGGAGCAACACCUCGAACUGAUUCUCAUGCUCACGAACUUAGAGGAGUAUAGCAAGACGAAGUGUGCCAAAUACUGGCCCGAUAAAUGCGACGGUGAUAAGUGUUUUGGUGAUAUAACGGUUACUCAUGUACAGGAAACUAGAUACUCGGAUUAUAUUGUAAGGGAGUUGCGGAUCUCACGGAAUGCGCCGGGAAAAGACAAGGAGGAGCGACAAAUCACACAAUACCACUACCUCGUCUGGAAGGACUUCAUGGCUCCGGAACAUCCGAACGGCAUUAUUAAAUUCAUAAAGCGCGUCAAUGAGGCAUAUUCGAUCGAGAAGGGGUGUAUUUUGAUCCACUGUAGCGCGGGGGUUGGCAGAACCGGGACUUUGGUGGCACUGGACUGCCUCUUGCAACAGUUGAAGGAGGAGGAGCAUGUCUCGAUUUUCAACACGAUAUGUGAUUUGAGACACCAACGGAACUUCCUGGUCCAGUCAUUGAAACAGUACAUAUUUAUUUACCGCGCUUUGAUGGAAGUAGCUCAAUAUGGCGACACGGAAAUCGGCGCCAACGAACUCAAAGUAACAGUAGACAAAUUAAGACAAUGUGAUAAAGACAGAGCGAAAUGUAAAUUAGAGGAGGAGUUUGAGAACAUACUGAACGCGUUCGAGGACCGGAAAUCGUGCUCGGUUGCGAAAGGCGACGAAAAUCGGGAAAAGAAUCGCUCAGAUGUAGUCAUUCCAUACGAUAGGAACAGGGUUAUAUUAACCCCGCUAUCAGGCAAGGAACAUUCCACUUACAUAAACGCCUCGUUUAUUGAAGGGUACGACAACACCGAAUCGUUUAUUAUAACGCAAGAUCCGACGGAAUCGACCAUUAAUGAUUUCUGGAGGAUGAUUUCCGAGCAGGGGAUUAGUGUUAUCGUGAUGUUGUCAGAGUUAGGCGAAGGCAAGUGUCCAAGGUAUUGGCCCGAUGAAGAUGAGGGGACUUACGAUCACAUUACUGUGAGAUACGAACAGGCGGAAAGUUGUCCCUAUUACACGAGGCGCGAAAUGUACAUCAAGAGUCGCGACUGUGACGACCAGAGAGUCAUACAUUUGCAAUACCAUGGGUGGCCCACGGUAGACGGCGAGGUGCCCGAGGUGACGCGGGGCUUGAUCGAGUUGGUGGAUCAUUCUCAGGCCUCUCUGGUGCACAACGACUGUUCGCCCUCUAUGGUCGUUCAUUGUAGUCUAGGGUCGGAUAGAAGUUCGAUGUUUGUAGGACUAACAAUUCUGGUCCAGCAACUACGUACCGAAAAACGAGUCGACGUGUUUACAGUAACGCGAAAAUUGCGUUCACAAAGAAACGGACUUAUAAAUUCAUACGCGCAGUAUGAAUUCCUACAUCGAGCUAUUGUAAAUUAUGCCGAAUUGCACGGACUUUGUGACUAAUAUGUUAUUCUUGGUGCCAUAUGAGUUUUUAUAUUCCAUUUGAAAGAAUUCCACAAUUGAUAAUCUUACUAUUUAGAUAUUUUUAUAAGUAACAUGGAAAAUGUAAGUCGUUUUUUAUAUAUUUUUAAUUGUUUCUAGUUGAAAGCCAAAAUAGUUUUAUUUUGAAACCAAAGUUUGUGGUCUCGGUUAGGAAAUUGUCGAUAGAUUAAGGACAAGCAGCUUGCUCAAACAGUUGUCUGGUCGCAAAAAUCAGUUGCAUCACACGGGAAAAUCGGUGUUUAUAAAGAAGUGAUCUCUUGGUAGGUAGUCGAUAGAUUGUAGGGAUUUUGGUGUUGCGUGCAACUGAAACACAAAUUUAUUUAUGUAAGCAAUAAAUGGAGGAUUAUUUUCACACUCGUGCUUAACAUCACUAGAAUUUUUAUUAUAGGAAAUACUACUGAUAUAGCCUGCUUGAUAUUGUAGUGCUUUCGUUUACUAAAUGUACUGUGUAAAAACUAAACUAUUUUAACAUUGUGUAUGUCAAUUUGUAUGUCAUAAAUUUGUGUGUAUAUACUUUAAGAUCAUUUGCUCUUUGUAUUAGGAAACAAAAUUAAGACUGUAUGCAUCUAUGCAAUGAAGAUAUUUAUUUAUUAUAUACAUUCUUUUAUUCGUUCUCUCGAUUUUUAUGCUACUUGUUUCAAUGAGUAACACAAAUAUAAUUUCAUGCGUA